CCGACCAUCACUCUUGACAUUGACCAGCAACAUGCCGCAUUUGGAGGAGUUCUUCACGCAUGGGGACGGCGCGGGCUUUUGCUUGGGCUCCAGCGCCCCGGAAGACGCGAAGCCAAGUCGACGCGAGGGUGGUGGUCUAAUGGACAACGGUGUGCUGUACUUACACGGGCCCAAGGACGCGGGUCAGACGUCACUGCUGCUGCAGUUCGGCUUCACGCAAGUCAAGGCCGGCAAGAACGUAGUGCUCGUCAUGUGCGGCGACGCAGGCGCGUCCCAGCAACCAGCGGCGUCGGAGAUCGUACCGCUCACUGCAUGCUCCAAGUGCAAUCUCCCCGCACAGACAGGAGAGAACAACGGCAUCUGGAGCCGCAUCCACAUCAAAUAUCUUCGCAGCUACGCAGAGCUGCAGUAUUUCCUGUGCUCACUGCACGUGGUGGACAAGGAAACGUCGGUACUGCUGAUUGAAGGCUUCGAGAGAUUCUUCACAGGCCAAAGUCACAUGAGCAAUGUGUACCAGACUCUGGCCUUUUUGCUGGAAGCACAAACUUACAUGAAGGCAACUACCGGCUCUGGCAUUGGAGUUGUUACGGGAAACACGGAUGCAUUCCUGCUUAGAAAUCGACCAAUACUGCGUCGAUGGUGCAGAUUCUUGGAGAUCGUACCGCAUGUCGAAGAGCCUGAUGUGUUAACUCUUCGUGAAGAGGUGGAAGACGACGCUGACUUGAGUGAAGACACGCCCAGAAUCCAAGUAAAGUACGAGUUUGCACAGCCAAGUGAUGAAACCAGUGGCAAGUUCCAAUUGUUACAUGUACAAACACGUCCAAGGAAAUGACGGAAACGCUGUACGUUUGGUUCCCUCUCUUCUUGUCUUUUUGUUGGUUUAAAUAUGUGGAGUCUGGUACGACUAACUAUCCUGGUGGUUUCUACGUUAUUUGUCAUUCCUCACUCGUUGUUAUUAUUUUUUUCUACCUAUUACGAGCGUGGGUUAAUCACUCAGCUGCUCGACUCUCUGCUGGAGAUGUAUCUCCUGUUCUAGGGGCAGUUGAUACUGCCUUCACAGGUGAGUCAACUAUCCCGUUGCUUUCGUUGCUGUCUGCUGCCUUCGCUGGAGACGUGGUCGGUGUACUUGAAGCAGACGAGUUAUCCUGGCGAUUCUUUAUCCAUCCACCUACUCGCACAGUCUUAAGCUGUUCCACAAAAAGUGUUAGUCGGAUGACUGUCUCACUGAUCAAGAGGAUCGUCACGUACAUCAGUAAUUAGCUUCUUGACGCGGUCUGGGAGCUGACAGUUUUCUUGAAUUCGAACUAGAACUGCAAAGUAUUCAUCCAUCGUUCGUCGUGAAGCUGGACUUGAUCCAUCGAGUAAAUCACCGACCAAGUUCAGAAGUCCACAAGCUGCUUCGAUGAUCUCCGCUUGAGGCUUCACCUCGUCAUCCAGCAUCAUCGCCACGCAGACGUGCAUGAUGUUCUCGGUCAACAAUUGUCGUCGGAAGAGCUCGCCCACGAAGCCUACAUUCUGCAACAUACACUUCCUUCGCCACGAGUGUUGCGCCGCUCCAUUGCUUCCGUUCUUCUUCAAAUUCAAGGACUGACUAUCCGGCUCUUCAAUCAGCGAUUCGUAGCACUUUGUAAGCAGAAUCCGCCGGAAGUUGAUCGUCUUCGCACCAUCUUUAAACUCUGGCGUUCGCUCCGACAUACCCGAACACAGCUUCGCAUACGAGUCGCUGUAAGAUUUUACCUCAAAUCCGGGUUUGCUAUUGCAUGGUCGAAGAGCAAGCCUAUAAUCUCUUGCAGUGUGUGUGUGCAGCUGAUCGUGAUCCCCAUAAACGACUCGAGGAUGGAGCUCACCGUCUCCGGCUUGACGUCAUCCAGCAAUCUACAACGCAGCAGUGUCAACAUCCACAUAUGCUUCCCAACCAUUGUAUACAAAACGCACGUGGCGAUACGGCGCUUGGCGAUAAUCGCUUCCUCGACUGGGUUAACCGGUUCGACGACAGGCACUUUGGUCUUGUCCGAGCCAUUGGUAGACUCCUCAGGAGGACCCGUGUACAGACCCAUGUUCAUGGCAGCCGCAUACUCCGUCGGGUUAAAGUAGCACACCAAGGACGCAUCAUACGACAUGACGUUCCCGCGCUGUUGGCGAGUCUUGUCCUUCUUGCCUUUCUUCCCCUUAUUCUCCCCCAUUACAGCGUCCGCACCAAUCGUAUCCGCCCAUGUGAAAUCCUCCGGCAUCAUCUCGUACAGCGGCUGAAACUAAAGCGAUAAAACCCAAUCGUUAGGUUGUAACCAUCGCAAAAAAAGUGUUAAAUCAUUAGCAUUAACCUGCAAAAGCUCCGCCACGGUAUACACCAGUCUGCCUUUCACCUUGUUGCCAAUUUUCUGCCAGCAUAAUCACAUAAUUAAUAAAUAACCCUU